AUGCACCAGCACGGCACCGUCCACUUUGCCAAGGGUGCCCUGCCCCCCCGGAUCGCCACUGAGCGCUACUUCUUGGACCCGGAGUUGGGGCACCGAAAAGGACGCUGUCAUCAGGGGUGCCACGACCCAGCAGCACCUGGCGCCCACAAGCCCUGUCGGCCAACCCCCAAGGCAUGCCGGCAGCCGGCCUACCACGGCCACCAGGGGGGGCGCGGCGGCUGUCGCUGGGGCCCCCAGCCCCCCACACAGCAGCAGCAGCAGCAGCAGCAGAGGCGGCAGCCCCAGCCUCCGCCUCCCCAGCCCCCACAGCAGCGUCUCUGCUCUGUUCACGGGGCCCAGAAGCGGCCACCUGCAACCACCGCUGCCCCUGUGAAGCCGGCCAGUGCCCCCCAGCCGCCCCCCACCUCACUCACUGCGGCCAGCAUUCCUGCCACCGGCGGCCCAGCCCUGCCUUCCGCAGCUGGCACCCUCCUGGAGCCCAGCAGGCCCACGGACGCCCGGCCCCUGCCCGCCCCCGCAGCCUGUGGCUGCUUCACCUCCUACAGCUUCGACAUCUUGACAGAGGAUGACGUCUACUGCAGCUGCCUGGCCAAGACUCUCUGCCAUGUGCCCGUCCCUGUGACCGUGGGUUUCUAUGCCCCCUUUGGCUGCCGCCUGCACAUGAUGCUGGACAAGAUCACAGCGCUGAUGCAGCAAGAGGCAGCCCAACGCGAGACCGAGGAGCUGGAGCGCGUGCAGUGGCGGCCGCGGCCCGUGCGGGGCUGGGCCUUCCCGAAGCUGCUGUGGUACCUGGUGUUCCUGCAGCCCAUCAUCACCGAGGUGCACCUGCGGCGCAAGAACGUCAAGUUCCUCUUCAUCCGCUUCAGCGCCUGGCAGUACGCGGGCACCGACAAGCUAUGGGCCGGCCUGGUGACCACGCUGUGCGAGGGCAUCCGCCACCAAUACGGCGCUCUGCCCUUUAGCGUGUACUCGGUGCUGGGCACGAAGGCGGCCACGACGCCGGGCUUCCACCAGCGCGAGUGGCAGUGCCGGCACCGCGUGUGCCUGGCGCUGCUGGCGCUGCUGGCUGUGCUCAGCCUGGGCGUGGGGCUGCUCUACCUGUCGGUGGGUGCCCGCUCGCUGAGCCACCGCGCCAGCAACAGCAGCCUGCUCCGGGUGUUUGGCGGCGCGGCCACCACGCUGUCGGGCUCCGGGCUGCUCAUGGCCGUGUACUCGGUGGGCAAGCACCUGUUUGUGAGCCAGCGCAAGAAGAUCGAGCGGCUGGUGUCGCGCGAGAAGUUCGGCAGCCAGCUGGGCUUCAUGUGCGAAGUGAAGAAGGAGGUGGAGCUGCUCACCGACUUCCUGUGCUUCCUGGAGAUCUACCAGCGGCGCCGGCUGCGCGUCGUGCUCGAGGUCACCGGGCUGGACACGUGCUACCCCGAGCGCGUGGUGGGCGUGCUCAACGCCAUCAACACGCUGCUGUCUGACAGCCAUGCGCCCUUCAUCUUCAUCCUGGUGGUGGACCCCAGCAUCCUGGCCGCGUGCCUCGAGAGCGCCGGCUCCAUGAAGGGCACGGCCGACAACGGCUACCUCUUCCUCAACCGCACCGUCACGCUGCCCUUCUCGGUGCCCAUCAUGGGCCGCCGCACCAAGCUGCAGUUCCUCCAGGACGCUGUGCAGAGCCGUGACGACCUGCUCUAUCGCGAGAUAACGCGCAAGCUGCGGCCGCCGGGCGGGGUCGGGGCCAGGGGCAGCGAGGGCGCGCAGCUCCUGGAGGUGCAGACGCAGGGGUGGGGCGAGCGUGAGCAGAGCCGCAUCGACGCCGAGGCGGCGCGUCGCAUCCGCGAAGCGCUCUUCUGCCUGCACGACGAGCGCGACUGCCUCUACGAGUACGUGCCCGACAACGUGGUGUCCAUGCGGCGCAUCGUCAACACCGUGCCCAUCACCGUGCGCCUGCUGCAGCAGCAACAGGGGGACUUCGGGGGCCCCUCGCCGCGCCAGGCUGUGGCUUGGGUCGUGCUCGCCAACCAGUGGCCGUGCCGCCUCAGCUGGGCCCUGCAGUGCCUGGAGGACCGGCAGCAGGCCGGGGGCGCGCCCGAGGCCCGCGCGCGCCUCUGGGACGUGUUCAGCGACCACAGCCGUGAGCUGCACACCAUGACCAAGCCGCUGCAGAACGUGCUGGACCUGGACGGCGACCCCGAGCUUUUCGAGCGCUUCCUGGGCGCCGACUUCCCUUUCACCGUGGCCGAGGCUCAGAGCCUCCUGCGCUGCACCGUCAACCUGGACCACUCCAUCCGACGCCGCAUGGGCCUCAUCCGGGCUGUCAGCGCGCUCAAGCCGCCCAGCCCGCCCAAGUCCCCUGCCCGCGACACCCCCCACGCCGUCAACGGAGCCAACCACGCCCCUAGGGCGGCCCAAGCAGGCCACCCUGCAGGGCACGCCCCUGUGCAUGCCAGCGAAGCCCACCAACCCCGGGACUGGGCUCAGGGGGGCAAGCCCAGACUCAUGGCUUGA